GCAACUUACAAAUCUAUGGAGUUUGUUGGCAACCGUUGAAAGUUUAACUAUGGAAGAACGAAUGAACAUUGAUGCAACUGACAAAGAUAAUGAAUUGGCUGCAACUGAGUAUAUUUAUGAUAUUUACAAGUUUUACAAACUCAGUGAAGAUGACUGUCCUGUACAUGAUUACAUGGUUUCACAGCCGGAUAUAAAUGCUAAGAUGAGGGCGAUUCUUAUUGAUUGGUUGAUUGAAGUUCAUCGAAAAUUCGAACUCAUGCCAGAAACUUUCUAUCUAACUCUUAACAUAGUUGACCGAUUCUUGUCCAUGAAGGUUGUUCCUAGAAAGGAAUUUCAGCUUGUUGGCAUAAGCUCAAUGCUUAUUGCAUCUAAAUAUGAAGAGAUAUGGGCACCAGAGGUUACAGAUUUUGUAUGCAUAUCAGACAAUGCUUAUGUUAGAGAACCGGUUUUGGUUAUGGAGAAAACAAUCCUGGGAAACCCGGAAUGGUAUUUAACAGUUCCUACUCCUUAUGUCUUUCUGGUUCGGUACAUCAAAGCCUCCACUCCCUCUGAUGAACAGAUGGAAAACAUGGUGAAUUUCCUAGCUGAACUUUCUAUGAUGCAUUAUGUUACUGUAUCAUCGUAUAGUCCUUCGAUGAUUGUUGCUUCUGCUGUUUAUGCGGUAAGAUACACCACUGGAUCCAGAAAUAUCAAGGCGUGAGAAAGUUCAAGCCAUUCAAAUGACGAAACUGAACCUCUAAGAAGCAAUGUAGAUGUGGAUCCAGAACCUCUAAAACUCAGCAGACAAAUUGCACCAACACGAGGCCGCAGUUGGAGUAUUGACCUAUGCUCAACAACAUCUAGAAUUUCAACUUAAGGAGCCAUGGUAUGGAACUGCAUAUUCCAUUGAAAAGAUCACUGCCUCAACAAUUCAGGGGUCUUCUUAUUCAGCAUUAUGGUACAAGCCAGAUACAUUGUUUUCCACACCAAAGGCUUAUGUUAAGAUUAAUUUCAAUUGCCCAUAUGCUGGAAACUCUCCUCAGGUUGAAAUUUUGAUGCACAUUUUCACUCAGCUAUUGAUGGACUACUUGAAUGAUAAUGCUUAUUAUGCUCAGGUUGUUGGUUUGUAUUAUAGCAUAAGCCAUACAGACCCCGGUUUCCAGGUGAAUCUCCUUGGUUAUAAUCAAAAAUUAAGGAUUCUACUUGAAACUAUUGUUGAAGAGAUAGCAACAUAGUUUUGUGUGUGGGCCAACCUCAAACCGUGCCAAGGCUGCGGAGACAUAAAUACCGCCCAAAAUCAGUUUAAUUCCAAAAGAGAAAACACAUAUUCUAAUUUAUUUGAGUCCUUGAAGCAAAUUCACAAAGGUAAUUCAAUUAUUACCAACAGUAAAUGG